CCUCUCAGCAGCUCUCCGACUAUCAUGGCGGCUUACAGAAGCGCUGCAGGCUUUCAAAGAGUUUUGCAUGAUGUUAAGCAUGUGUGUUUUAAGCAAAGGUGUGGUGUUAUAAUCUGCCGGUACUCUACUGUGAUUGAGCCUAAUGACAAGACCUUUGAUAAAAUCCUCAUUGCAAACAGAGGCGAGAUCGCCUGCAGGGUGAUUAAAACAUGUAGGAAGAUGGGCAUCAAGACGGUUGCAGUUCAUAGUGAUGUGGACUCCAGUGCGGUUCAUGUGAAAAUGGCAGAUGAGGCUGUGUGUGUUGGUCCUGCUCCUACCAGUAAAAGUUACCUGAACAUGGAUGCUAUCAUGAAUGCCAUCAAGUUGACUGGAGCACAAGCUGUUCAUCCAGGCUAUGGAUUCCUGUCUGAAAAUAAGGAGUUUGCCAAAAGAUUGGCGGCUGAGGGGGUGACCUUCAUUGGUCCUGACACUCAUGCCAUCCAGGCAAUGGGGGAUAAGAUCGAGAGCAAACUCAUCGCCAAAGCUGCCAAAGUCAACACCAUCCCUGGCUUUGAUGGGGUGGUCAAGGAUGCAGAAGAGGCUGUGAAAAUAGCAGGAGAGAUUGGUUACCCUGUUAUGAUCAAAGCAUCUGCUGGUGGAGGAGGUAAAGGGAUGAGGAUUGCAUGGAAUGAUGAGGAAACCAGGGAAGGCUUUCGUUUCUCUUCUCAGGAGGCGGCAUCUAGUUUUGGAGAUGACCGUUUGCUGAUUGAGAAGUUUAUAGACAAUCCCAGACAUAUUGAGAUUCAGGUGUUGGCGGACAAACACGGCAAUGCUCUGUGGCUGAAUGAGAGAGAGUGCUCUAUCCAGAGAAGAAACCAGAAAGUGGUAGAGGAGGCACCCAGCACUUUUCUGGACCCAGACACCCGGAGAAAAAUGGGCGAGCAGGCUGUGUCUCUGGCAAAAGCAGUGAAAUACUCUUCAGCUGGCACUGUGGAGUUUCUUGUUGACUCUAAGAAGAACUUCUACUUCUUGGAGAUGAACACACGUUUGCAGGUGGAACACCCCAUCACAGAGUGCAUCACAGGGCUGGAUCUUGUGGAGCAGAUGAUCCGCAUCGCAAAGGGAAACAAACUUCAACACAAACAGUCUGACAUACCCAUAAAUGGCUGGGCCAUCGAGAGCAGAGUCUAUGCUGAGGAUCCAUACAAAUCAUUUGGACUCCCCUCCAUCGGUCGACUGUCUCAGUACCAGGAGCCACUUGACUUGGAUAAUGUUCGAGUGGACAGCGGAAUUCAAGAAGGAAGCGACAUCAGUAUUUAUUAUGACCCUAUGAUUUCUAAGCUGGUCACGUAUGGCAAAACACGGGAGGAAGCUCUGAAGAAAAUGGAAGAAGCACUUGAUAAUUACGUGGUCAGAGGUGUAACACAUAACAUACCUCUACUGAGAGAGAUCAUUGUUCAUCCUCGGUUUGUGUCUGGUGAUAUCAGUACUAAGUUUCUCCCGGAGGUGUAUCCUGAUGGGUUCAAAGGUCACAUGUUAACAGCAGGAGAAAGACAGGAGCUGCUUGCUACGGCUGCGGCACUCUAUACAGCAGCACAGCUCCGCUCUCAGAGGUUCCUGGGGGAUCUCAGGGUGUCUUGUGUUCCUGCAGAGAGCAGUGAUUGGGAGUUGUGUGUAGAACUUGAGAAAAGUGUUCACAUGCUGGGCGUGUCUCGGUCUGGAAACAAAUAUACAGUGGAGAUAGAUGGAGAAAAGGUUCAAGUGUCUGGAGAAUGGAACUUGGCCUCAGCAUUGCUGUCCGUCACCAUCAACGGCAAACACAGGACUCUUCAGUGCCUGUCACGGACAGCGGCUGGAGAAAUCAUCUUGCAGUAUCUGGGCACUUCAUUUAAGUUGCGUGUGCUGAGUAAACUGGCAGCGUCUCUCAGUAAACACAUGCCGGAGAAGGUUCCAGAAGACACCAGCAGCAUCCUCCGCUCUCCAAUGCCAGGAUCUGUGGUGGCGGUAUCCGUUAAACCAGGGGAUACGGUUGCAGAGGGACAGGAGAUCUGUGUGAUUGAAGCUAUGAAGAUGCAGAACAGCAUGACCGCAGCCAAGACGGCCAAGGUGAAGAGCGUGCAUUGUAAAGCUGGAGAUACAGUUGGAGAAGGAGAUUUACUGGUGGAACUGGAGUAACAUCUCAUCUGCAGGCAUUAAAAAGGCCAUCAGUUGCUGUGGAUGAGGAAACAAAGACACUAAUAGAGUAGAUGGAACAUUCCUCCACAUGUCCUUUGUUCCCCUGUGGUCUCUUUUUUACAUUAUGACUGUAAUACAUCCAUCUCACUGGAACUGCUUUAUUCCAGGGAAAGAAAUGUCAAAGCGAUAACAUUCUCUUGUGCCUUGGCCUUCCAUUGGAGGUUUUCUUGUUUCACAUGGAAUCAACCACAGUUUGACAUCAUCAUUUGUGAUUGUUUUAACGUAUCUUUAAAUACAGUCAACGAAAACUGUUGACACACUCCUUCCCCCUCACCUCGGUGCACAUUUAGCAUUGUUCAGAGGAAGUGCUGUGAAUGUUUGCCAUUGCUCCAACUCAGUUAUUUUAAUUAUUAGGUUGUUGUAUGCAAUGAAUUUUUCUGUUACAUGAUUAUGCAAACACAAGUGUUAAUAUAUAUCUUUCACCUACCAAUCACCAUCAAUCCCACACUCGUGUAUAUUUAUACCACACAUAUUUCUGUCAUCAAAUGCAUUAAAUUGGUCAAGAGAAUAAUAUGCCUACAUGCAUUUGUGGUUUGUUUCUGCACAAGUUGGGUUUAAGUCUGUAGGUGUGCUAUAGAGACAGUUUAUUUGUUUCCACAAUUCAAAUAGAGAAACCCAGAGGAGUGGACCAUUAAAAGAUGGGAAAGGAAGAUAAUAUUAUGAAAACUAACAGCCAGCUGUGAUCAGGCUUGGAUAUUGUUGCUGGUUCCUGUUUAUGUAGCACAAAGCCACUUACUGUCUGUAUUUGUAUUGAGAAAAUGGAAUAAAAUGGGAUUAAUGUAAAC